GCCGAGCCGGGCCGAGCGGAGCCGAGUCCAGCUGAGAGGAGCCGAGCAUAAGCGGGAGCGGACACGGGAGCCGAAGCGGAGCGCAGGAUGAUAAACACCCAGGACAGUAGUAUUUUACCUUUGAGUAACUGUCCCCAGCUGCAGUGCUGCAGGCACAUCGUUCCAGGGCCUCUGUGGUGCUCCGAUGCCCCUCACCCACUGUCGAAGAUCCCCGGUGGGCGAGGGGGUAGCAGGGAUCCUUCUCUUUCAGCUCUGAUAUAUAAGGAUGAGAAGAUCACUGUUAGCCAGGAUGUCCCAGUGCACGAGGGCAAGCCGCACCUGCUCCGCUUCCACUACAAGGUCACUGAGGGGAAGACCUCCUCCUGGGAUGCUGUGCUCUCUAGCCAGAGCCUCUUCGUGGAAGUCCCUGAUGGAUUGCUAGCUGAUGGAAGCAAGGAAGGGUUAUCAGCACUGCUGGAGUUUGCUGAGGAGAAAAUGAAAGUCAGCUAUGUCUUUAUUUGCUUCAGAAAGAGCAGAGAAGACAGAGCUCCACUCCUGAAGACAUUCAGCUUCCUGGGCUUUGAAAUGGUGAGGCCUGGCCACCCCUCUGUCCCGUCACGGCCAGACGUGAUGUUCAUGGUGUACCCCCUGGAGCAGAACUCUUCCUCUGACGAAGAAUAGCUGCAGCUGGGGACCCCUGGGCGAGCCAGAAGCGCUGUGGAGGGGAGAGAGGCCUCCAGCUCCUGUGCUGUGGAGCUGCUGCUGGCCUGGCCCUGCCUUGCUCCUUGUGUGUUCUCAGAGCUGACUCCCAUCCAGUGUCCUGCCUCCAGAACUCGCUCUCCAUGCCUCUCAUCACCAAACAGCACCUGGAAGAUGUUUCUGGACUGGCCUAGGAGCUGCUGCCCUGCAGCUUCUGGGGGGUGUCAGCGUGGGGGUGCCUGUGCCUGGUGGGCACAGCAGCAGCAGCUCCUGGCCAUCUCUGAUGCCCUGCUGGACCUUUCCCCCUCGCCCAGCAGGCUCCCCUGCAGCCCCCCUUCUGAGCUGGCACCCAGGAGCCCAGCAGAAGACAUGGGCUGGGGGCUGGGCACCUGGAGGACACUCAACCUUUAACACUACGCUGCACCCUGCAGGGCCUCGCCCUGGGGUGCCUGAAGCUCUUUGGUCUAACCUGGGUUGGGGUUUGGGUUUGGUUGGGUUUUUUGUUGGUUUUUUUUUUUUUCCUCUUUUGUUUUUUUUUGGUCCUUUUUAAACUUCUUGCUCUUCCAGCUUCUGUUUCAAGCAGUCUUAACUCUGUUCUAUGUUCCCACUGCACUAUCACAGCAUUCAA